CAGCGACAAAUUUAGUAACUUACCUGACGUGCAGGAAGCCACUACCAACCGACCAGCCGCGAAAAAUCCAAAAGUGUGAAGAAAGAACGAAAUUACACAAAAUAAGGCGGAAGUACCGCACAAUUUUCGAAAUUGUUAACUAGAAGAAAUUUUCGAAAAUGGCGAAAUUGUUAGCUAUUUUGUUGCAUUUACUAUUGUUCAUGGCUUUUACGUGGCAAUUCGGAUAUGCUACGGUACAACCAAGAGCGCCCAAUUUCCAAUAUUUUGAGAGACCAAAGUACCGUUAUCCCUAUUAUGAUGAGAAUGGCCGCGGAAAACUUCUAUAUGGCUAUGGCGGUCCAGAUCUGUAUCAAUACAAAACUUAUACCCCUCUCGAAGGCAUACAUUAGUCAGUUCGCCUGAUGGGAGCAAUUACCAUAUGGACAUACUUUCAUAUUUACAUUUACAUACAUACUUACAUAUACUAUAUAUAAAAACUUGAAUAAUUAAAUUACUUUAAUUUAUUACAACGAUUCAUUAAGUUUAUUACAUCGUUUUACUAAUAAAAAAUGUGUCCCUUUAA